GUGGUGAGCUGGAUCAGAUUCGAUAGCUCGUUUGCAAGUUCGCUUCUUUUUUGUUUGCCUUGGGUACAAGUUUUUCUUGCACCAGAACACCGCGCAUCAUCAUGAACAAACAGUUUGGACUCUUGCUGGUGGUGGUCUCGUGUGCCAUGGCUGCACCCCAGCGAAGACCCGUUGCUGCCAACGGUUCCGGAGGAGGUGGUGCUUCCAAGGGAGGUCCGGAAAGUACGGCCACAAUCGUGCGCCAAGAACAGCAGCUCAACGCGGACGGCUCGUACAACUUCCUGUACGAGACGAGCAACGGCAUCCGGGCGGCCGAGAGUGGAUCCGUCCCCGAGGGAACGCUGGCCAACGGGGAGUUCUCGUACACGGCCCCCGAGGGUGACAAGAUUGCGCUGGCGUACGUGGCUGACCAGGGCGGUUUCCAGCCGCAGGGUGCCCAUCUUCCGGUGGAACCACCCGCGCCGGAACACGUCAUUAAGAGUCUGGAAGACAUCCGGGCCAACCCACCGAAGGACUUCAAGGACUUUAACGCGGCCUUCCUCGACGCCGUCAUCGCCAGGCUGAGGGCUCUCCAAGGCUAGACAAAACAACGGAGAAAAAGAAGAAUC